AUGGCGGCGCAAAACAAACCCAUCAAGGCGGAGGAUCAAACCACCGCCGCCGCAACCACGACUCCGCGGCCAAACAAACCCAUCAAGACGGAGCCCAAAACCAUCACCGGCGAAGUGAUCGGAAUCGACCUCGGGACCACCUACUCCUGCGUCGCCGUCGUGCGAAACGGCGCCGCCGAGAUCAUCCCGAACGACCAAGGCAACCGGACCACCCCUUCCUGCGUCGCCUUCACCGCCGCCGCCGGACGGCUCAUCGGCGACGCCGCCAAGAACCAGGCCGGCCUCAACCCCCGGCGCACCAUCUUCGACGCCAAGCGCCUCAUCGGGAAAAAAUUCCACGACGCCGACGUCCAGACCGAUCUCAAGUACCUCCCCUACCCCGUCGUCGAAAACGGCGGGAAACCCUACGUGGCGAUCGAAGGAGUCAAACCGUUGACUCCCGAGGAAGUCAGCGCGAUGAUCCUGCGCAAAAUGAAGGAGACCGCGGAGACCUACCUCGGUACGGAGGUAAACGACGCCGUCGUGACGGUCCCGGCCUACUUCAACGACGCGCAGAGGCAGGCCACGAAGGACGCGGGCCGGAUCGCGGGCCUGAACGUGGUCCGGAUCGUCAACGAGCCCACGGCGGCCGCCAUAGCGUACGGUUUCAACGAUCGGAAGCGGAAGAGGCGGGGCGAGGGCGAGGAGGGGAGGAAGAGGAAGGUCCUGGUGUACGACCUCGGCGGCGGGACGUUCGACGUCAGCGUGCUGGAGAUCGAGGGCCGCGAGUUCCGCGUGCUGGCGACCGGCGGCGACACGCACCUCGGCGGCGGCGACUUUGACCAGAAGGUUGAACCAGUAGCAGGAGGUGGCUCCGUUGCUGACGUGGACGAUAUCGGUGAAGACAGCAGGGCUCUAGGGAGGCUGCGCGUGGAAUGCGAGAGAGCGAAGAGGCUCCUGAGCAGUCAGACCCAGGCGAGGGUCGAGAUCGAUUCCCUGUUCAGGGGAAUCGACUUCUCGGAGGUGCUGACCAGGGCCAAGUUCGAGGAGCUGAACUUGGCCCUGUUCAGAAGGACGAUCGAGAUCGUGAAGAAGACGCUGAAAGACGCACGACUCGAGAAGAGCGAGGUCGACGAGAUCGUACUGGUGGGAGGGAGCACGAGGAUCCCGAAGGUGAGGGAGAUGCUGAAGGAGAUGUUCGACGGGAAGGAGCCGAGCCAGGGCGUGAACCCUGACGAGGCCGUGGCUUGUGGCGCCGCCGUUUUGGCGGCCAACAUGAGGUGCCGAAACGACGCCGCCACGGAGAUGACUUUGUUCGACGUGACGCCGUUGAGCUUGGGGUACACCGCCGUCGGUGAUGUGAUGAGUGUAAUGGUUCCGAGAAACACUCCCAUCCCUACAAAGGUGUCGAGGAUUGUUGCCACCGUCGUUGACUGGCAGACCAAUUUCUCCAUCAAGGUACUUCAAGGUGAAAGAGUAAGGAAGCAGGAUUGCCUUGAACUUGGACGCUUUAUUCUACCGGACAUUCCACCGGCUAAACGCGGUGUUUCCACGGCGGAGCUAACAUAUGACGUCGACGUGGACGGAAUACUUACCGUCACCGCGAAAAACAACGCGGCGUCGAAGAACUCCGAAACCCUAGUUCUGGAGAACUACAAAGGCAACCUGACGGCGGAAGAGGUCGAGAAGAUGGUGGUGGAGGCGGAGCAGAUGGCCAAGGACGACCGGAAGGUGAAGGAGCGCGUGGACGCGCGGAACCGGCUGGAGAGGUACAUCUACAACGUGGAAGGGGCGGCGCGUGACAAGACGAAGAUCUAUUGGGAUGAAGGCGACAAGAGGAAGGUGGAGGAUGCACUUGAAGAAGCCGGGAAGUGGUUGGAUAGCGACACGUUGAGCGGCGCGUCGUCGGCAAAGGAAGAGUAUGAGACGAGGAUGCAGAAGCUGGCGGAGCUAUGGGACUCUGUUAAGAGCAAGGUUUAUGUUCUUGUCGAUGACGAUUAGCUGGUGUUUAGUGGGUGGAUCAUUAUGAUGGUAAAAUAUAAUCUACUGUUAUUAUCCUGUUUGGUUUGAUUCAUAGACAGGGUUUGCUCUUAGGUGUUUAUGGUUUGAUGACCAAUGUCUUUCAGUGUUUUCAGUUUUUGAUAAUUCCAUGUGGAUGCUUGUUGUUAAUUUGUUAUGGUU